GUUUGAGGGCGUAGGUGUCAGUGGACUGUCAAAACUGUGUUAGAACAGUGAGGCCAUAGUAUUUGCUGAGCGGCUGUCCAUGCAGAAGAUGCUGUCUCUGCUGUCCCGUGUGCUGAAGGGCCCAGCCCAGAAGCCUGUCACUGGGGCUGCAAAUGAGGCUGUUCGUGUAAUGGUGGCGUCCCGUAACUAUGCAGAUUUUGCAUCAGAAGCUACGUUUGACAUUAAGAAAUGUGACAUUCAUCGUUUGGAAGAGGAACCUCCCACUCAGGCUGUUCUAACUCGAGAAGAGGGGCUCCAGUAUUACAGGACUAUGCAGACAAUCCGACGCAUGGAGCUGAAAUCAGAUCAACUGUACAAACAAAAGAUCAUCAGAGGAUUCUGCCACCUCUAUGAUGGGCAGGAAGCAUGCUGUGUGGGUCUGGAGUCUGGUAUCAAUCCCACGGAUCACUUAAUUACUGCCUAUCGAGCACAUGGCUAUACCUACACACGAGGAGUGUCUGUGAAGGAAAUUUUAGCUGAACUGACUGGAAGAAGAGGUGGAUGUGCCAAAGGAAAGGGAGGCUCCAUGCAUAUGUAUGCUAAGAACUUCUAUGGUGGGAAUGGAAUUGUGGGAGCUCAGGUUCCCCUUGGAGCGGGUGUUGCUCUGGCUUGUAAGUUUUUUGGAAAAAAUGAGAUCUGUUUGUCCUUGUACGGUGAUGGGGCUGCUAACCAGGGACAGAUAUUUGAAACCUACAAUAUGGCUGCCUUAUGGAAGCUGCCCUGUAUCUUUAUUUGUGAAAAUAACAGAUACGGCAUGGGGACCUCUGUGGAGAGAGCAGCAGCAAGCACAGACUAUUACAAACGAGGAGACUACAUCCCAGGUCUUCGAGUUGAUGGUAUGGAUGUUCUGUGUGUUCGAGAAGCCACUAAAUUUGCAGCUGAUCACUGCAGAUCUGGAAAGGGUCCAAUUUUAAUGGAGCUUCAGACUUACCGUUAUCAUGGACACAGCAUGAGCGAUCCUGGUGUAAAUUAUCGUACCAGAGAAGAAAUUCAGGAAGUAAGAAGUAAAAGUGAUCCGAUCACCCUUCUCAAGGACAGAAUGUUAAACAACAACCUGUCUAAUGUGGAGGAAUUAAAGGAAAUUGAUGUGGAAGUACGGAAAGAGAUUGAGGAAGCUGCUCAGUUUGCUACCACCGACCCUGAACCUCCACUAGAAGAAAUUGCCAAUCACAUUUAUCGCAAUGAUCCCACGUUUGAUGUCAGAGGAGCAAAUCUCUGGAUCAAAUACAAAUCCGCCAGCUAAAUCUCUUCAGUCCUCCUCUGGUCAAUGUUACCUGUUACUUUAAGGGCAUUUUAAUGGGUGCUGGGUUAUGUUUACUCCUCACUGCUGGGUUGAAGACGCACUGCAAUUCUUAAUGUCCCACCAGUAACAUCAUCCACUUUAGACUUUGUUUUAAUACAUAAGGACUUGGCAUGUGUUUGGAUAAGAAGAAAAUGCCUUAAUGUUUUCAGACCGAAAGCAGAUCUGCAUCCAUUUUAGUUCAGUGUAAUCAUUAGAGAGAACUCGUGCUUCAGGAGACCCCCUUUUCUUCCAUGGUUUUCCCUCUGAUUCUGGCUGGGCAAAGUUCUCUUAUAAUGUAAGUUAGAAGCUCUGCCUUCUUCAGAUGAAAUGUUAUAUAUUUAUAGGAUCCUGAACUUAAAGUCUUGCCAUUUAUACAUGUGCUGAAACAUUUAUUAUUCCGUUUCAUUAAAACUGACCUCAACACAAUGAUUGCUUUGUAUUUUUCUUAGCUCCUAAUAAACGUCAUCAGCAAUA